AUGACAUCAGAGAGCAGCCUGAAGCCCAACCUCAUAACGAACGCCAACAGCUCAACGUGCCACAACUUAAUAAACCACAGAAAAUGUAAAAGAUGUUGUUGUUGUUGUUGCAGCAUCAGCAGUGUGGUCGAUAUUUUCGUUGAAAAGUUGAAUGUUUUGGACGGCACAACGGUGCAACAGUUGAAGAGGUCUGACCCUGCUAAACGGCAGUGGCUGGGUUCGAUUGCAAGAAGAGAACUCUGCCUAUCAUGGGCUCUCUCAUGCAUACGUUCAAACUGUGUAGAAGCUCUGGAACAUGCAGGAGAAAGACAUAAAAACAAACAGACAGCCAGACAGGCCAACAGACAGAAAAAUAAAUGUCGCAGUAGACACAGACAGAACAAUCCAGAUGAAGAAAUCCCAGAUCAGCAGCAGAAACAACAGAGGGUUGUAGUGAAAGAACACAUGUUGCAUCUGGACUGCUGGUAG